AUGUACGUUGUUCAGUUCGGAGAAGAAAUGGCCUUUUACAGAUUGAUCAACCAGCGCUUAAUCUGUUCGCACGGAGACUUCUAUGUCUUAGCUGAAAACGAAGAGCGACUGGCCUAUUUGCAAUUGAUCAGAGACGUGCUAGUGCUUCUGCAUGCGCCUGCUGAGUCGGCCACACAAGACGCCGAGGAGAUCAUUGAGUUUGAAACCGCUCUCGCUAAUAUUACAAUGGCAGACGACCAACGUCACGAUAUUGCCGAGCUCUACACAAAGAUGACUUUAGGGCAAAUGAAGCAACAGCUGCCAAAUUUCGAUUUGCAGCUCUUCUUCAAUCAAGUCUUUCGUGAGAUCACCGAUCAGAACGGCACCCAAAUCGUAUUCGAUGAGAAUGCUGAGGUGGUGGUGUAUGGUAUCGAAUUCCUUCGUCGGCUAGACAAAUUGCUUCCUGAAUACGAGAAAAGGUACUCCACAGGAGCUUUUUGUAGUGAAAAAUGCAAACAAGAUUUUGUAGUGAUGAACGUGCAAAAGGUACGAUGGCACGGCUGUGUGACACGGAUUAACAGCUUGAUGCCAAUGGCAACGUCGUCUAUUCAU